CCGCAGUAACAGGGUAUCAGCAUCCCAGUGAAUCAGCAUCAGGUCAUGCCAGUCAGUUCUACAUAGCUCUGCUGGACUCUAACAACAAGGAACAGAGGCUGGAUGAGAAAGAGGACCUUCUGGCGGACCUCCCUGAAGAUGCAACCUUGGAGCUGGUGUGGAAGAACAACGAGCGUCUGAAGGAGUAUGUGCUGGUGAGCUCCAAGGAGCUGGAGUAUGAGGAGGACCCUGGCUCUCUGAGUGAGACAGCCAGAGCAGGACACUUCACCCUGGAGCAGUGCCUCAACCUCUUCACUAAGCCAGAGGUGCUGGCUCCAGAGGAGGCAUGGUACUGUCCAAAGUGCCAGCAGCACAGAGAAGCCUCCAAGCAGCUGCUGCUGUGGCGUCUGCCCAAUGUUUUGAUCAUCCAGCUCAAACGCUUCUCCUUCAGGAGCUUCAUCUGGAGGGAUAAAAUCAACGACAUGGUAGACUUUCCUGUCAGGAAUCUGGAUCUCAGUAAAUUCUGCAUUGGACAGAAGGAUGAGAUGCAACAACCUCCAAUCUAUGACUUAUAUGCAGUCAUCAACCACUAUGGAGGAAUGAUAGGAGGCCACUACACGGCCUACGCUCGCCUGCCAAGUGACAAGAACAGCCAGCGCAGUGAUGUUG